GAGGGAACGAGGGCGAGAGACAAAGACGAGCAAAGCCUCACACAAACAAUGCAGAGUGCGGACGGAUCCCAUGUGUCCUGCAGCGUGGACUGAGCGGCGUCCUGCACGGGGACAUGAACCGAGACUAAAUGGGGGCUGGAGCGAGCCAGAAGGAAGAUUCAGAGAGUCCCGUCCCGUCGCAGUCCAACACCGAGUCUGAUUCGACCGACUCGUCCCCGCGUCCUCCCGCCAUCCUCGUCACGGCUCCGUCGCAGGACGACAUCCACGCCACGCCGUCCAACAUGACCCUGGCCGACGCCGUCAAAGAGCGGAGGCCGUCCUCCGCGCCCUUCGUCGUGGGGAGGAAACUGCCGACCAGACGGUGACGCAGAAUGUCCCACCAGGUUUUAACUAAAGACUCGACGUGGACAACAAAAACCAUCCACCGUGUCUUUUACGCCUCAGACUCCGGGAAAGUUUUUUGUUGUCCUCGCGGCCCAAAACAAACAAAAAUGGCGGCGCCCGCUGGAACAAACUGCAGCUCGUCGAGUUGAAGUCGUAGCGAGUGAUUAUCGUCUCUUCUGAGCCCAAUAAACCGUAUUUAAUGACAGAAUGGACGCAGUCGGAGAGGACGAACCGGACCCCAUAAAGCUCAAGUCCAUCAAGGAUAAUAAAACGUUCACAGUCCCACAAAGCGACAGGUUUGGGAGCUGCAGAAGCGUCAGAGAGUUUGAAAAACUCAACCGAAUAGGAGAAGGAACAUAUGGCAUUGUGUACCGAGCCCGUGACACCAAGUCAGACGAGAUCGUGGCGCUGAAGAAGGUCCGGAUGGACAAAGAGAAAGAUGGGAUCCCCAUCAGCAGCCUCAGAGAGAUCACGCUGCUGCUGAGGCUGAGACAUCCCAACAUCGUGGAGCUGAAGGAGGUGGUUGUUGGCAGCCAGCUGGAGAGCCUGUUUCUGGUGAUGAGUUACUGUGAACAGGAUCUGGCCAGUCUGCUGGAAAACAUGCAGACUCCGUUCUCUGAGGCUCAGGUGAAAUGCAUCGUCCUUCAGCUGCUCAGAGGUUUGGAGUAUCUCCACCACAACUUCAUCAUUCACAGGGACCUGAAGGUGUCCAAUCUGCUGAUGACGGACAAAGGCUGCGUGAAGAUCGCUGACUUUGGUUUGGCCCGGAUGUACGGUAUCCCCCAGCAGCCCAUGACCCCCAGAGUGGUCACACUGUGGUACCGAGCUCCAGAGCUCCUCCUAGGGACCAAGAGCCAGACGACAGCUCUGGACAUGUGGGCGGUCGGCUGCAUCCUGGCCGAGCUGUUGGCUCAUAAACCUCUGCUGCCUGGAACCUCAGAGAUCCAACAGGUGGAUCUGAUCGUGCAGCUGCUGGGGACGCCCAACGAAAACAUCUGGCCGGGCUUCUCUCAACUUCCCCUCAUCGGUCAGUACAGCCUGAGGAAGCAGCCCUACAACAACCUGAAGAAUAAAUUCACCUGGUUGUCUGACGCCGGCCACAGACUCCUCAACCUGCUCUUCAUGUACAACCCUCAGCGCAGGGCGACGGCUAAGGACAGUCUGGAGAGUUCCUACUUCAAAGAGAAACCUCUGCCCUGUGAACCGGAGCUGAUGCCGACGUUCCCUCAUCACCGCAACAAGCGAGCAGCUCCUCCGGCAGAAAGUCGAUCCAAGAGGAGCAAAGUGUGACCGCGACCGAGAAGGAGACGGACGUCAAACAGAUAAAUCACAACGUCUGGUUGGACUGAAAGGACGAGACGAGAAAAGAUUUAUCAUUAAAACAUCUCAUUAUUACAAGGAAAUAUUCAAGAAUUACAAACUUCUAGAAACUUGAGAUAAAGAUGGAGAAUGAUCCAGGUCUCCAGAGACGAGAAGACGAAGACGUGAGACUCACCUCGUAUUAUCGCCGUCGUCCAUCACGAUUAAAAGUCGAUUAAAGCUGCUGAGGAAUCAGGAUUAAACACUUUAACUAUCUGGAUAAACGAGACUUUUCUGUCGGGUUUAAUCCUCCAGCAGGAACGUGACUUUAACUUGUUCAUGUUUAAGGACAAUUAAAUGUUAAUUUUUUCAUAAAUUAAUGGAACAUUAUCAGAA